CAACCCUUUUAAAGACAAAAGCUAGGAACUGCAAUAAACCUCAUACAAUUUUUUUUCUGUCCUGAGGAAAUAGAAGUCUAGGACCUGAUAUUUAAAAGUACAAUGAGUGAGCAAAAGGGUUCUGAGGCAACCAAUGAAAAGGAGAAAUCUUCUGGUGAGAAUGAUGGACAAAAGAAAAUUCAAGAGGAAUUUCAAAUCGACAUGGAUGCACCAGAGACAGAACGAGCAGCUGUGACAAUACAAUCUCAAUUUAGAAAAUUCCAGAAGAAAAAGGCAGGGUCCCAGUCUUAGUGUUAAGUGUUUCCUCACAAUUAAUGAUAAUGAAUAGAAUUCUACAAUCAACUGACAAAAAAUUCAUGUAUGAACAAAUAAUCAGCAAAACUCUUCAAAUAGCCACACAUUACACAUCUGAAUUACAAAGACAAAGUGCAUGCACACAAGUUGUUGAUAUUUAUAGACUGUAGAAAAAUGUAAGACAAUAUUUAAAUGAAUGAAGCUAUUUGUUCAGCUCUAGUUCUAUCUCUUCUGUUACUAACAACUUUACUUGAUGUUAAAAUAAAAUAAAUAAAAUAAG